AUGGGCAUAUCGAUCUUCGUAUGUCUAUGUUUUCUAGCAAGAGCUACAGAUUCUAAGAAUCUGGCCUGUGAUUUGCAAGACUUCACAGCACUUGUUGGAUUCUUGAAUGACUUGGAGUCGGGUAUUGGAGGCUGGGGAAACGAUUCUGUUGCAGAUUGCUGUACUUGGCCUGGUGUCACUUGUGAAUUUGUUCAUCAUAUUGCCAACAUAACGUUGUCGAGGGUAGUCAGUCUAGAGUUGCCACAUAAAAGGCUGAAAGGUAAGCUUAACAAAUCCCUGGGAGGCCUAGAAUAUCUGAGAGUCCUUAAUCUUUCCAAUAAUUUCUUCUGGGAUCAUCUGCCAAAUGAACUUUUCAGAUUUAAGUUUCUUGAGGUUCUUGAUUUGAGUUCCAAUGAUUUCAUAGGAAACUUAACCGCGGAAAUUAGUUUACCUUCCCUCCUAGUCCUAAAUCUAUCAGACAACUGGUUAGAAGGUUUAUUUAGUACUGGCAUAUGUGGAGUUGCAAGUAGGUUGCAAGUUUUAGAUUUGUCCCUGAAUUUGUUCACAGACAAGAUUCCUCAGACCAUCAGAAACUGUAGCUUUCUAGAAGUACUUUCCCUUGGUUCAAACUACUUUGAAGGAAACUUGCCAGAAGAUCUGUUUCAGUUGUCAAAGUUGAGAGAACUGAAUGUUGAGGACAAUCAGUUUACCGGACUGUUGAGUCCUAAUGUUAGUAAACUUACCAAUUUAGUCGAAUUUGAGAUCUCCACGAAUGGUUUUUUUGGAACUUUCCCUGACACUUUUUACAACCUGCGAAAGCUCAAGAGAUUCUCAGCCAAUUCUAAUAGAUUCAUUGGUUCUUUACCGCCUUCUUUAACCAGCUCUCAAAGCAUCAUCUCGCUCAAUGUUCGUAACAAUUCUCUCAAUGGAUCCAUUGCACUCAACUGUUCUUCCAUGGUUAGUUUAAUCUCCCUUGCCCUCAGUUCCAAUUCAUUCAGUGGUCCUUUUCCCGAAAAUCUCUCUUCCUGCAAGAAGUUGACUUCAUUGGAUCUCUCGAGGAACAAAUUUAGCAGCCAGUUACCAGAAAGCUUCAAGAAUCUCACAUCCCUCUCUUAUUUAUCCCUGUCUAAUUGUAGCCUACAGAACUUAACAGCAACCUUGGCAAUUCUGCAGCACUGCCAGAACUUGAGCUUUCUAGUUCUUACCCUCAAUUUCCGCGAUGAAGUAAUGCCGGAUUAUAAUCAUCUGCAGUUCAGCAGACUCACUACUCUUGUAAUAGCAAAUUGCCCACUCUCUGGUUCUGUACCUUACUGGUUGCAAAGUUGCUCCAACUUACAGCUAUUAGAUCUCUCAUGGAACCGGCUAACUGGACAUAUUCCAAACUUUCUGGGCGCGAUGAAACUUCUUUUUUACUUGGAUUUAUCAAGAAACAUGCUUUCGGAAGAGAUCCCAGAAGGCUUGACUAAGCUCGAAAACCUUAGUAAUCAGAAUGUCACAUUAGUAGAGCUUUCAAAAGACUUCUACAUUUUCACGAGCAGCAGCACUGCAAGAGGGCUACGAUACAAUCUGAUUCAGGGAUUGCCGCCAACUCUAGACCUCAGCUCCAAUCAUCUCACUGGACCAAUUAUGGCAGAAUUUGGAAAUCUCAAACAGCUCCAUGUUUUGAAUCUGUCAAAUAACAAUUUAUCAGGUCAUAUUCCUGAAUCUUUGUCCAACAUAACUAGCUUGGAGACACUGGACUUGUCUGAUAACUCUCUUAUCGGCAUAAUCCCACCAUCAUUUGCAAGGCUAAGCUUUCUUUCAAAGUUUAGCGUGGCGUUCAAUAAGUUGUCAGGACACAUUCCAACAGGAGGUCAAUUUUCUACAUUCCCAGAGUCCAGUUUUGCAGGUAAUGAAGAUCUUUGUGCUUACAAAUCAACACGUUGUCCCUCCGUGCCUGAAGAAAAACCUGGAGAAAAUCCAAUCGAGUUAGAAGAUGAGAAGGUCUUCGUUAUUGGUCUUCCUUUUGCAACAGGAGCUGUUGCUGGGUUUAUUUUAGUUGUUACCAUCUGCUACCUCUCUGGAUGGUUGUUUCGCGAAGAAGACACUCAAAAACGUGUAGAGAUUGCAUGGAAGAGGAUGUUUUCAACAUCACAUUAG